AAUAUUUUUUCCGGACAAGGAAAUUAUUUUUCUGAUUGAAAAUCAGAAUGUCCAAUCUGAUGAGCCAGCAAGAUUGCGACAAGAUCAAAAAGAGGCUCUACAACAGGGUGGGGCCACAUCCCGACUGCAGCGAUCCAGCAAUGGCCUGGCCAAAGUCACUGGCCAACUGCCCCGAAAUGGCCAAGCUGUCAAUCAAACCAGAACCAAUCACCGAUGGACACGAUCGCGGUCAGAUGCUGACCAUCGGUCUUCUGUUAGCCGAUCAAUUGGCCGAACCGAAGAAAGAAAAUCCGAUCUGGCCCUCGAGUGCGGAGGUCGAGAAGCGCCUCCGCUCGACUGGCAUCUACAAGAACCGCUUGGUUGCCCCCCCUCCAGUCUUUGCCGCAGCCACUGAAUGCGCUGGGGACCCAGGCGCCAACGAUUGCCGCAAUUGGAGGGCGACUGAGGACACAUUCUCCAAUUAGUGGCUAGUGGCUAGCCACUCUCUCCCACCGACUCUCCUCUCCAUCCACUACAGAUUCGCUUCCAUCUUGGCCACACCACAAAUUAUGAUAAUACGCAAUUUCCCUGUAACAUGUCAAAUUUUAUCGUCGUUUCGUUCUGCAAAUUAAAACAUAUUGUGUAUGUGA